UGAAGGAGGGAGGACGCACGCGCGCCGCUGGACCUGCUUGACAGUGCCUAGUGCCAGUAGUGGUGGUGGCACUGCUGGAAGUUCUUGACCCCUGACCCCCAAGGCUCACCACGACGGACUGCAGCUGUUUACGGGUUGAAUUUCGGACAGGUACAAAUACCCAACAAUGGCGAUGGGAGCAGAGGAUGUAAACAACGAAGGGGCCUGCAACGAAGCCACAACUAAAACUACCGCCACUAAACUAAAGAGACCCACGUCCUUGGACGUGGGAGGAGAGGACACGGUGAAACAGCCCCCCGCAUGGCAUGGCUGGGUCAAGGGCAUCACCUUCGUCUUGCUGUGGUAUGGGUCGAUACUGAUGGGGUUCUUCUCGCUCUACUGCCCAGCCCUUGCCCUCCUGUUCGUAUCCCGCCCCACAUACAGGAGGACUACAGAGGUCAUCUUCACCAUGUGGGAGAGCUACGCUGUGGCGCUAAUGGAAGUGGUGUACGGCGUGAGGUUCUUCCUGUCGGGGGAUGUAAUACGGCCGGGUGAGACCUCCAUUAUCAUUCUCAAUCACAGGAACCGUCUCGACUGGAACUUCUUCUGGGGCGCCCUGGCCCACGCCACCUCCCCUCCAGCGCACAACUGCAAGAUCGUCCUCAAGUCUGGCAUCCGGAAGUUCCCAGGACUCGGUUGGGUCAUGCAGAUGUCGUGCUUCCUGUACAUCAGGCGUCGGUGGGAGGAUGACCAGAGACUUAUGAACAAUGUCCUCGACUAUUUCAGGGACAUUGACCACACGUUCCAGGUGCUGCUGUUUCCUGAGGGAACCAACCUAACGCCGGAGACACAAAAGAAGAGUGAGGAAUAUGCACGAAAGGCUGGGCUGCCAUGCCUGACCCAUGUCCUCCAUCCCCGAACCACAGGCUUUACCUACCUCGUCAACAAACUUCGCAACAGCAAGCAGCUGAAUGCGGUAUACGAUGUCACUGUAGCAUACCCGAAAACGUUGCCCCUCACCGAGCUCGACUUGGCUAAGGGCCUUAUGCCAGAGGAGGUACACUUUCACAUUAAAAGAUAUCAAGCCAGAAGCCUGCCGCAGACAGAGGAGGGGCUUCGCAUUUGGCUCGGUGGGGUGUGGGAGGAGAAGGACAAGCUAUUGCAAACUACUCUUCAACAGGGCUACUUCCCAGCUAGCACAGCGGAUUCCCCUCACCCACCUAUGAAUGCUUCCUACCUCGCCUUCCUCUUCUGGACACCACUUACUAUUGGUAUGGUAUACCUACUGUGUACCUGGUGGGUAAUGCAGUUGUGGUGUCUGGCUCACACCAUUCUCUUCACUGUGGUCUCAUUUGCCACAGAUGGUCUUCAGCACUUUGAGAUUUGGCUCCACCGGCAGGAAGCAGCUAGACUAGGGAAGCAUCGAUGAGGCUGCGAGAAUUGUGUGAUGGCAAGUCAGUUUUUAUGUACUCUUUAAUACUUCAGAUAUAUUUAUUAUAUGUAAAUAUUGUACAAAUAAUUGUAAGCAGACAGAAAUGUGCAAAAAACAUGAGUGAUACUAGUCACUAUCAAACACAUGGUUCUUUUAUCUUACAAAUUUACCAAAGGUAUGAAGCAGUGCAAAGCUAAAGCUUCCACAUUUGAGCUUCCAGUUAAGAGCUUCCAUGUCAGUGUGCAGCUUUACUUGUAAAUGCCUUAGAAAUACUUUGUGGCUGAAGGUGAUAAGAAUCACAAGAGGAACAAGUAUUUGAAAACGGAUAUUCUUUUAAGCCCUUUUUUUUUUUUUUUU